AUGAAGAGGGCUCACGACAGGCAUGUGAAGGACAUGCAGGACCACAGGUCGAUCCACGCAUCCCUGCCUGAGAGGGUCGCCUUCAUCGAGAAGGAGCUCGGGGACUCCGCGGACAGGCACGCCAGGACGCUGGCCGACCUCAAGAGGAGCCACGACGGCCUCCGGGCGGCGCACGAGCAGCACCACGCCACGCUGCCGGAGCGCGUGGGCUUCCUGGAGAAGGAGUUCGGGGAGUCCGCCGACAAGCAUGGCAAGAUGUUGCAGGAGCUGCACAAGAAGCACGAGGAUCUGCACAAGAAGCACGAGAAGCAUGCCUCCAUCCCGGAGCGGGUGGCCUUCUUGGAGCAGGAGGUCGGCGAUUCUGCCGACAAGCACGCGAGGCUGGCGACCGAGAUGAAGGCCUACGGGGAGCUCAAGCGCUCGCACUCGAAGCACGUGAGCGACGCCGAGGCUCGCCACGGGUCGAUUGAGCAGCGCCUUGCUUAUUUGGAGAAGGAGAUGGGCGAUUCGUUCGACAAGCACGCGAAGCAGUUGGACGAAGUCAAGAAGGCACACGACAAGCACGCUGGUCACAUCGAUGCGGUCAAGUCCUGGAAGGCGCACCAUGCAUCAAUGGAGGAGCGUAUGGCUUACUUGGAGAAGUUGUUGAACGACUCUGCUGACCAGCAUGCCAGGAUGAUGACCGACAUGAAGAACAAGCACGACGAGCUGAGAUCCUCGCACAGCAGGCAUUCCAGCCUAGAGGAGCGCGUGGCGUUCUUGGAGAACGACAUCGGAGCCUCUGUGGACCAGCAUAGCAGCGUGCUCGACGACAUGAGGAAGAACCACGACAGAAUCCUGCGGGAGAGCCAGUCGCGCCAUGCCACCCUCGAGGAGCGCCUGGCUUUCGUGGAGAGCACCAUCGGCGACUCGGCGGACCGGCACGCGGGCGCGCUCGACGCGCUGCGGCAAGCCCACGGCAAGCACGCCCGGGACUUGGAGACCUUGAGGGGCAUACACGACAAGCACGCGUCUCUCACCGACCGCCUCAGCGCGGUCGAGAAGGUGUACAAAGACACCAUAAAUCAGAUCGGAGCCCUGAAGACUGGGUACGGCAACUUGGCAAACGACCUCGCUGCCAUCCGGAAGGUGAACGGCUCUGGCUCUAGCACGAUGGAGGAGCGGUUGCUGAACGUCGAGAGGCUAAUCCGCCAGGAACUCUCGUCGGCACACGAGCAGCUGGACGUGCUGGCGCAGUCCGUUCAGAGAGAGGCACAGAGCAAGUUGGAGCUCGUCCGUGGCAUCCGGCAGACCGACGCCCAAGUGACGCAGGUGAUCAGGUCCGUCUCGCCCGAUGGACGGGCGGCGCAGUCAUACUCCAGGGACAUGACGCCAGGCAGCGCGAGCUUCACCGCCGCCGUGCCGCAGCCGCUCCCAUCAGGUUUAAUAUCACCCAGCAUGAUGACCACGGCCUCACCACCUGCCAGG